CGGGGCGGGGAAGCCGGAAGCCCGUCCCCAGGAGGGAGCCGCCGCGGCCUGGGUCCUGCGCGUUCCCGCCCAGGCUCCGCGCCGUCCCAGCUGCGGCCCGGGGUCGCCGACCCCCCAGGGACCCCCCCAGGGUGGUGGGACCAUGAGGACCGCGCUCGUGUACCAUGAGGACAUGACAGCCGCGCGGCUGCUCUGGGAAGACCCCGAGUGUGAGAUCGAGCGACCCGAGCGCCUGACCGCAGCCCUGCGGCGCCUGCAGCAGGGGGGCCUGGAGCAGAGGUGCCUCCAGCUGGCCCCCCGAGAGGCCUCCGAGGCGGAGCUGGGCCUGGUCCACAGCCCAGAGUACGUGUCCCUGUUGCGAGGAACCCAGGCCUUGGACACCCAGGAGCUGCGGGCGCUGUCGGGACAGUACGAUGCAGUCUACUUCCACCCGAGCACCUUCCACUGCGCCCGGCUGGCCGUGGGGGCCGCGCUGCAGCUGGUGGACGCGGUGCUGAUGGGAGCCGUGCACAACGGGCUUGCCCUGGUCAGACCUCCUGGGCACCACAGCCAGAGGGCCGCUGCCAACGGAUUCUGUGUGUUCAACAACGUGGCCAUCGCAGCCAGGCACGCGCAGCAGAAACACGGCCUGCAGAGGAUUCUCAUUGUCGACUGGGAUGUCCACCACGGUCAGGGCAUCCAGUAUAUCUUUGAGGACGACCCCAGCGUUCUUUACUUCUCCUGGCACCGCUAUGAGCAUGGCCGGUUCUGGCCCUACCUCCGGGAGUCAGAUGCGGACGCCGUUGGGCAGGGGAAGGGCCGUGGCUUCACCGUCAACCUGCCCUGGAACCAGGUCGGGAUGGGAAAUGCUGACUACCUGGCCGCCUUCCUGCACGUGCUGCUCCCCGUGGCCUUUGAGUUUGAUCCUGAGCUGGUCCUCGUCUCUGCGGGAUUUGACUCCGCAAUUGGUGACCCUGAGGGGCAGAUGCAGGCCACGCCAGAGUGCUUCGGCCACCUCACGCAGCUGCUGCAGGUGCUGGCUGGAGGCCGGGUCUGUGCCGUGCUGGAGGGUGGCUACCACCUGGAGUCCCUGUCCCAGUCUGUGUGCAUGGUGGUGAGGGCGCUGCUGGGUGACCCUGUCCCGCCCCUGUCGGGGCCCAUGGAGCCUCAUCGCAGUGCCCUGGAGUCCAUCCAGAGCGUCCGGGCAGCCCAGGCCCCUCACUGGACCAGCCUCCAGCAGCAAGGGUCAGCCCCCACACCGAGGCCCGGCACCUGCUCCGCAGAUGGGAGGACCUCACUUGUGUUGCCCGGGGGACCCACGUUCAAGGCAGCGGAGGCCCAGGCCUCAGCUGUGCUGAGUUCCCUCCUGGGCCAGCUGCACCUCCACCCCACACCCCCUGUCCGCACGGCUGUUGCCCUGACCGUGCCAGAUGCUGCCCUGGGCCUGCCCCCUGCUGUCCUCCAUCAGGAGGGGUCAGCCCCCCAGGAGGAGACACGGGCCUGGGCCAGGCUCCAUGAGGCCCUGGCCCAGGACACAGCUUUCACUGCCCUUGGAAAGGUCCUGCACCUGUUGAAGGGGAUCCUGGAUGGGCAGGUGAGCAGUGGUGUCGCAACGACCCCUGCUGCAGCCGCCAUGCUGGAUGUGGCCCUUCGGUGUAGCUUGUCGCACAGAGCCCAGAGGGUGCUGUGUGUGGCUGUGGGACAGCUGGACCGGCCCCCAGACCUUGCCAAUGAUGGGAGGACUCUGUGGCUGGAUAUCAGAGGCAAAGAAGCCGCUGCCCUGUCCCCGUUCCACGUCUCCAUGCCGCUGCCAGGGACAACGGGAGCAUUCCUGAGCUGUGUCCUGGCCCUCGUGCUGCCCCUGGCCUAUGGCUUCCGGCCUGACCUGGUGCUGAUGGUGCUGGGACCAGCCCAGGGCCUGCAGGAACCCCACGCUGCGCUCCUGGCUGCACUCCUGCGGGGUCCAGCGGGGGGCCGAGUCCUGGUCCUGGUGGAGCAGGAACCCACAUCCCAGCUUGCAGGCAUCCUGGCCCGGGUGUUGCAUGGAGACGCACCCCCCAGCCUGGGUCCCUUCUCCACCGCCCCCCCAGAGGACACGCAGGCCCUGCUGUACUUGAGAGGGCAGCUGGAAGCACAGUGGAAGAUGCUGCAGGUGGCCGCUCCUUCUUGAGUGCUGUGACCCAGUACCUUGAAAUCGGCCACAGUGCAAGUAUUCGUACCCCAGGGACGCCAAUACAAGCUCGUCCCCCAAGAGCCGGUUAUUCGACAUUCACCAGCACACCACUGCCUGAGACCCCUGUCCAGAGGGGCCAGACUGCGGAGCUGUCCACGGCCGUGACCUGGAGCCCACCUCCAGUGGCCACCUCUGCCCGGAUGGCCCGUCCUCACUUGCUACACUGUUAACCUUGAAAAUAAAAGUUAUUUUACCAGCAAAAA